AUGGCUGGAUCCUACGACGACCGCCGCCGGCGCUCACCCUCAGAUACAACCCGCGAAAGCCGACGACGAGAUGCGUCUCAUGACGACCAUGGUCGGAGCUCGAGACGACGCGACGAAUCCCGCCGCAGCUCUCACCGGGAUAGCUCUCGACGAAGAUCCUCCCGCAGCCCGUCUGAAAGGACAAGCCGCAGAAGUGACCGCGAUAGACCGCGCCGCGAGCGCAGAGAACGAUCUACAAGCUCACCCCGUGACGACCGGAGACACCGCCAUCGCAGCCACCGACACCGGGAUAGUCGUCGUGAGGACGAGGGACGAUCGUCUCGGAGACAUCGUAGUGCCCGAUCACGCUCUCGAUCACCGCGAAAAUCCCGCAGCCCUCCUCCGCAGGCAUUGGAAAGGAGAGGCCCGCUCCCCUCGCAAUCCGAUGCCUUUACCGACGUCGCGCGUCCUGGUGAUGAACCAGUGCCAGAAAAGCAGAAACCCAACUUCAACCCCUCUGGUCGGCUCGCAGCCGAAAGUAACACAGUGCAAGUUCAGGGUGGCGCAAUUGUCUUGAAAUACCAUGAGCCUCCGGAGGCACGCAAACCACCGCCCAAGGAAGCCUGGCGCAUGUAUGUGUUCAAAGGGGAGGACUUGCUUGAAACAGUGGAACUGAGUGAACGGAGCUGCUGGCUGGUUGGCCGCGAGCGCACGGUGGUGGACUUUCCUCUGGACCAUCCGAGCUGCUCGAAGCAGCAUGCCGUGCUACAAUUUCGAUUUGUUGAGAAGCGCAAUGAAUACGGUGAUCGCAUUGGCAAGGUCAAACCUUACCUCAUUGACCUUGAGAGUGCGAAUGGCUCAAGUGUCAACGGCGAGGCUAUUCCCGGUGGCCGCUACGUGGAAGUCAUGGACAAGGAUGUAAUUCGCUUCGGAUUAAGCUCGCGUGAAUAUGUUCUCAUGCUGCCUCCUCCGAGCUGA